AUGAAGCUCGCCUCCUGUCUUGUUGCGCUGGCGACCGCCGUCGCGGCCGAGGAGAGCCCGUCGUGGGUCGGUGGUCUCGGUACGAUCCACACGAUCGCCGACAACUGCAUUGAAACAACUGCGGCCGCGGCGAUCGCUGUCUCGUCCAACUCGAUCCCGCACCUGUCGACGCUCAACGUGACUUUUUCCGUCGAGUCGCCGACGCCCAACGACCGCAUCACGGCCUACUGCGCGUCCAGCGUCAACAGCACCGUCGACAGCGACUACAUGGACUUUCAGCCGACCAAGGGCGCCGCCAGCGCCACGCUCACCUUUGGACCGCUCGUCAACAUGCGCUGCGACUACCAGUUUCGGUACCAGAAAGAGACGAGCCCCAAGACGUUCGUGACGGUCGCGACGAGCCCAGUCGUGACCAUGACGGCCGGCGUCACCGAGCCGCUCCAAGUGCACAUUGCACUCACCGGCAAGACCGACGAGAUGCGCGUCAUGUGGACGUCGGGAGCCGUCGUCGGGCCGCGCGUGCGCUAUAGCAUUGCCCGCGACAACUGCGGCGAUGGCGACCUCGACAAGACGGUGACGGCCACGAGCAGCUCGUAUGCAGCCUCCGACAUGUGUGGUGCGCCGGCGUCGACGAUGUCUGCCCAGCGCUUCAUUCCUGUCGGCACGCUCUAUGACGCCGUUCUCAAAGGCCUCCCGCCCAGCGCCAAGGUGCAGUACCAAGUGGGCAGCGACGUCGGUGGGUGGAGCGACGUCUUUGCAUUCACCAUGCCGGAUAUCAUGUCGCCCAAGCCGUCGAGCUUCUUUGUGUUUGGCGACAUGGGCACAUGGACCACCGCGACGGGUGGCCUCGGGCUCGACGGGCGGUCGCUCUCGACGGCCAAGCGGGUCGCCGACGACAUGGCCACGGGACAGUACGCCGCUGCCUUGCACAUCGGCGACCUCUCGUACGCCGACAGCGUCGGGUACAUCUGGGAGCAGUUCAUGGCGCUCGUGCAGCCGAUUGCCGCCACGUUGCCGUACAUGGUGAGCGUGGGCAACCACGAGUACGCGUACACGUCGUCGGUGCAGGCGGUCGAUGUUUCCGGCGAGACCAAGUGCUUCUUUGCGUCGCCCGAGAUGGCGAAAGCGAGCUCCGGCGGCGAGUGCGGCGUGCCAACCGCGCGCCGGUACCACAUGCCAAGCAACGGCAACGGUGUCUUCUGGUACAGCUUCGACCUCGGGUUGGCCCACCACGUGGUCGUAAGCAGCGAGCACGACUUCAACGCGGGCAGCCGCAUGCGCACGUGGCUCGAAGCGGACUUGGCCGCGGUGAACCGGGCCGCGACGCCGUGGGUCUUUCUGCACGUCCACCGCCCCAUGUACGUGUCCAUCGACACCAAGAACGACCAAGCGUACAACAAGCUGUCGCAAGCCGCGUACGAACCGGUGCUGGCCAAGUUUGGCGUUGACGCAGUCUUUACGGGCCAUGUCCACAACUACGAGCGGACGUGUCCGGUCCUCGGCGGCGUCUGCAAGGUCGACGGCGACGGCAAGGCAUUGGCGCCGACGCACAUCAUGGUUGGCACGGCCGGCAAGCUCUUGGACGAAGGCGCUAACGUGGAGUAUGCAUGGAGCGUCGCCAAGAAGCACGAGUACGGCUACGGGCGCAUGCACCUGCUCAACGCGUCGCACGCGUACUUUGAGUUUGUGCGCGAUGUGGACGGGGUCGUCUCGGACGACGUCUGGCUCGUCUCGGACCACAAAUGGGCGGCGUAA